CUCAUACAGAUAAUCUUGUGGCUGAGUCUGGUGCUCCCCCUGGUGGUGGAGUCUCACCCUGUGUACAAGGAGCUCCUGCCUGUGGACUGUGAGGACAUAUUUACUAAUGGAUCCAAACACAGCGGGGUGUACACCAUCUUCCCAGCGGGACGGGACUCACCUGUACAGGUGUGGUGUGACAUGGGCUGUGAUGAGAACGACAGUCACACGGACGGCAAAUGGACUGUGAUUCAGAGGAGAAUGGAUGGAACAGUGAAUUUCUACAGGCCCUGGGAUCAGUAUAAGAAAGGUUUUGGAAAUGUAGACGGGGAAUACUGGCUAGGGCUGGAGAGUAUCUUCAUGCUAACUUGGAGAGGGAAGUAUGAGUUGAAGAUUGACAUGGAGGACUUUGAGAAAGGACAGGUCUUCGCCCGUUACUCCUCUUUCUCCAUCGAUCCGGAGUCGGACAAAUACAGGCUACAUGUGAGCGGGUACAUUGACGGAGGGGCAGGGGACUCUCUGUCUCAUCACAACGGGCGAGACUUUGCGACCUUUGACAGAGACUAUGGGAACUGUGCGAAGUCGUAUGAAGGAGGCUUUUGGUUCUCUUCCAGCUGUGUCCGGGCAAAUCCUAAUGGGCUGUACAAGUGGGGCAGUGGGGUGUCGUCCUACUCUGGCGUUCAGUGGUACAGCUGGAAAGGCUCCAGUUACUCUCUGAAGACGAUGGUGAUGAAGAUUAGACGCGUGUCUCUGGAUGAGUUUGAAAAGUAG